AUGGCGCCUCUGACCCACCCGUCGAUCAAGGAUGGCUGGUUCCGCGAGAUCUCGUCGCAGUGGCCGGGCCAAGCGAUGACCCUCAAGGUCAACCGGAUUCUCCACGUCGAGAAGAGCUUGUACCAGGACGUGCUCGUCUUCGAGUCCGCGACCUACGGCAACGUCCUCAUCCUCGACGGCGUCAUACAGUGCACCGAGCGCGACGAGUUCUCGUACCAGGAAAUGAUCGCCCACAUCCCGCUCGCAAGCCACCCCAAUCCGAAGAAGGUCCUCGUCAUCGGCGGUGGCGACGGUGGUGUAGUCCGUGAAGUGCUCAAGCAUGACACUGUGGAGGAGGUCGUGCUCUGUGACAUUGACGAGGCCGUCAUUCGUGUGUCGAAGCAGUUCCUCCCCCACAUGUCCUCCCUCCUCUCCGACCCCCGUGUCACCGUCUUCGUCGGCGACGGAUUCAAGUUCCUCGCCGACAAUACCUCCACCUACGACUGCAUCAUCACCGACUCCUCCGACCCUGUUGGUCCGGCCGCCUCCCUCUUCCAAAAGCCCUACUUUGAGCUCCUCCGCGACGCCCUCGCGCCGGGCGGCCACAUUUCCACUCAGGGCGAGUGCCUCUGGAUCCACCUCCCGCUCAUCCAGGACCUUCUCAAGACCACGCGCUCGCUCUUCGCCGAGUCCGAGUACGCGUUCACGACGAUCCCGACGUACCCUUCUGGCCAGAUCGGCUUCAUGGUCGCGUCCAAGGAGCAAGGCCGCGUGCUCUCCGCGCCGCUCCGCACCGUCCCCGGCUGCCGGUACUACAACGCGGAGGUGCACAAGGCCGCGUUCGUGCUCCCCGAGUUCGGCCGCGCGCUGCUCUCGGAGAACCGGGACGUGCGGCCCAAGUUCGGCGCGGCGGCGUUCGAGGGCGCGCCGACGCGCAAGGUGCUCCUGCUCGGGAGCGGCGCGGUCGCGCUGCCGUGCGCGGAGUACGUCGUGCGCGACCCCCGGAACGCGCUGACGAUCGCGUGCCGCACGCUCAAGAGCGCGGAGGCGAUGGCGGAGGGCCUGCGCAACACCACCGCGGCGUCGCUCGACGCGGGCUCGGAGGACCCGGCGAAGCAGGCCGCGCUCGAGGCCGCGAUCGCGGGCGCGGACCUCGUCAUCUCGCUCGUCCCGUACACCCACCACGUGAACGUGAUCAAGGCGGCGAUCAAGGGCAAGACGGACGUGGUGACGACGUCGUACAUCUCGGACGGCAUCCGCGCGCUCGAGCCGGAGAUCAAGGCGGCGGGGAUCGUCGUGAUGAACGAGAUCGGGCUCGACCCGGGCGUGGACCACCUGUACGCGGUGAAGACGAUCGACGAGGUGCACGCGAAGGGCGGGAAGGUGAAGGAGUUCCACUCGUACUGCGGCGGGCUGCCCGCGCCCGAGUGUGCGGACAACCCGCUCGGGUACAAGUUCUCGUGGUCGCCGCGCGGCGGGCUGCUCGCGCUCCUCAACAACGCGUCCUUCCUCGGCGCGGGCCAGCAGGUAGACGUGCCCGGGACGGAGCUGAUGGGCGUCGCGAAGCCGUACUACAUCUCCCCCGCGUUCGCGUUCGUCGCGUACCCAAACCGGAACUCGGUCCCCUUCCGCGAGUUCUACAACAUCCCCGAGGCGGAGACGGUCGUGCGCGGGACGCUGCGCUACCAGGGCUUCCCGAGCUUCAUCCAGGCGCUCAAGGCGCUCGGUUGGCUGGACCUCGAGAAGAAGGCGUGGCUGAAGGAGGGCAUGACUUGGGCCGAGGUCUCGCAGCAGGCGACCGGCGCCCCUGACGCGAGCGAGAGCACCCUGAUCGCGCGCGUCGAGGAGAUCUGCAAGUUCGCGGACGCCGCCGACGGUCGCCGCAUCAUCUCGGGCAUGAAGUGGAUCGGGCUCUUCUCGGGCGAGAAGGCGACGGUGCGGGACGGGACGCUGCUGGACACGCUCUGCGCGCAACUCGAGACGCUGAUGGCGUACGCGCCCGGCGAGCGUGACCUCAUUAUGCUCCAGCACAAGUUCGUCGUCGAGUGGGCGGACGGGAAGACGGACACGCUCACGUCGACGCUGGAGGCGUACGGCGAACCGGGCGGGCACUCGGCGAUGGCGCUCUACGUCGGUGUGCCCUGCGGCAUCGCGGUGCAGCUCGUGCUGGACCGCAAGAUCAGCACCCCGGGCGUGCUCGCGCCGUACUCGAAGGAGAUCUGCGACCCGCUCCGGGAGAUCCUCGAGGAGCAGGGCAUGGGCCUCGUCGAGCGCGUGCUUUGA